GCUCGGCGGGGAGCGCCCCGAUCCGCUCCCGGGGCCCGCCCGCCUCCAGCCCGGACCCCCGAGCGUUCGGAGAUCCCGCGACCCAGGACGACCACCCCCUCCCGGGGCUCCCGGACCAGGGCGGCCAGAGCCCAAGACCCCAGAGCAGGACAGUCUCUCCAGGGUCUCCCCUCUGACUGACCCGUGCUCCCUCCCGGGCAGCCCCAUGGCUUGGCCAGCAUCGUCCAUAAGGGAGAAAUGUCCUCUGCUGCUUCCUCAGCCUUGACACAGGACACCUGCCCAGCGACAAACAAGAGAACAAGGAGAGCAGGCAGGUGUCAAGGGCAGGGCUGACCGGCCUUUAGCCCAGCAUGGAGCCCAGUGUCCAGGGCACUGGGCAGAUGGCCUUCCUCAGCAACCUCCUGGCAGCUUACUCCUUCAUCAUCGAGCACCCCGAAAGGGCCGCCCUGUGCUUCGUGUCCGGCGUGUGCGUGGGGCUGCUGCUCACGUUGGCCGCCCUAGUGCUGACCAUCUCCUGCCGUGCCGACUGCCGGCAGCCCCACGGAAAGAAGGGCCUGGCGGGGCGCCGCAGCCGCAGCCGCAUCAGCGACCUCAGCGCCAGCGCCAGCGCCAGUGACAGCGACGAGGACAGCGGCGGCGGCUGCUCGGCGUCUUCGGACGGGUCCACACGCAGGCCCUGGCUCUUCGAGCGCCCGCCCCACAGGAACGUGUUCACGUCGGCCGAGGAGCUGGAGCGGGCGCAGCGGCUGGAGGAGAGAGAGCGCAUCAUCCGCGAAAUCUGGCUGAACGGGCAGCCCGACGGCCCGGCUCCGGGCCCGGCCCCGGGCCCGGCCCCGGCCACGCGCAGCCUGAACCGCUACUACUGAGGGGCGGGCCCGAAUGGGGGAAGGACGAGGCCUAGCGGGGCCCAGAGGAGGGGGCGCAGCAUCCUGGAGAUCCUGCAGAAAACGGGCAGCCCCCGACCACUAGCGGGCCCAAGCGCUACUACUGAGGGGCGGGGAGGGGCCUGAGAGGGGCCUCUCCCCACCCCCCUGCCCCCGGGUCCUAGUCUGAGCCCUGGUCUGUGCCCCAGGCCCUGGCCUGGAACGGGGCUGAGUCCCCUGCUUGUGAAGUCAGCUGCUAACCACCCUGCAGUGCUGGGACCUCGCGUCUAGUCUGCCGCCAGGUUCCUGCCUGGACCGCCCUAACCCCCCCCCCCCCGCCCCCUGCAGAGGGACCCAAACAAGGGGCUGGAAAAAGGGCUGCUUGCUUGCGUCCCCUUCUUCCUUCCUCUUAUUUUUCGUAAUCCUCCACUCUCCCCAACUUCAGGAUCAACUGGCUUGGGUAGGGUGAGGGUCCUGACUUCAGGCCGCUCCCCUCCCCAGUCCAGCCAGUGCUCCGCUCUGCUCGGGGAGAGUAAUAGGCAGUCAUCCAAGGGAGAUGGAAUCGAAAGUCCUCGGAAUGAAAGACCUGCCCUGGCCGGAGGAGACUGCCGGAGAGCCUUCUGGGAAGCCCCUGGGACUCCGGGGUCGGGUAGACUCGGGGGACCUCCAGGAACUGCCCCUCGAUGGGGAGAAGGGUGGGGUCGGAGCAUGGGGAGUGGUGCCGAGAAUAUUCUCAGGAACGCUUACUCAGGACCCAGAGAUGCGCCACAGGUCCCCCCCCCCCCCCGUUCCCCCCUCCAUAAUCGCGGUGCUCUCUCAACUCUAUGACUUUUGCCUCAGGUAUAGAGGCAUCCGGCAGGGGUGGGGGAAGGUGGCUCAAGUGGCUGACUGGCCAUUGAUUGGUAACAACCUCAGAGAGCAAGCCCGGCGUUCUGGUUUGUGUGAGGGAGUGUGCGUGCGUGCGUGCAUGUGUGUGUGUGUGUGUGUGUGUGUGUGUGUGUGUGUGUGUGAGAGAGACAGUGAGACAGAGAGACAGACAGAGACAGAGAGAUGAGGGAGAGAACGUCGUUGAAUAUACUGACAUUUGGAGAAUGUCCUGGGUCAGUCUGUCAGCCGCUGUGCCUUAGUCCUAGUCAGACAACGGUCUUCACAUGAACAAAAAAGCACAUUGUUUUAUAUAUUUUAUUAAAAAAUUCAACCAAGCAAA